AUGGUAAAUGAAGAGCCUGAUUUGGUUGCGGUGCUCGCCGCUCUGACUGUCUGCAAUGACGCAGCCACUCUUCAAAACGCUGCCUUCAGGGCUAACCUCUACCAGGGAGGUAUCAGGCCGGGAGACAGACUGCUCCACAGCAACUACUACAUCAAAAAUCCCAUUGCCAACGCUGUGCAGUACCAGGACAUCACCUACCGUGGCAACUCCAGCACCAGGAUCUCUUACAUCCAAGUCACUGAGGUCGGCUACACCCAGUGGGGUAUCCCAUCCCUCAGGUCUGGUGGUGUCAACUAUAGCUACGCUACCAUCAGGUUAACUUCCCAAAGAGGCUACGGUUACUACUACCGUGUUGAGAUCUGGGGUCGUUAA